GGGAGGGAGAGCCUGGGGUGAAGGGAUUCGGUGAGGACUGUGGGAACAGAGCAAUGCCAUCAAGGGGCAGAAGAGGAGUCUCUAUCUAUCUGAGUCCAUGUCUCUUCACUGUUCCCACAAGCGUCGUCAGCGUGCCGUCUGCGAUUCUACCUCUGGAUUUAAAUCCGUUGGAUUACUGCUCCGACUACCACAUCAUUGUUGGAGGCUGCUACGUUUAAAUGGGAGUCAAAGUUCCUCCGCGGACUGCACAAAUGGUGACAAACGCCUGGAUUUGUCUUCCUUCUUUAAUAAUUUCUUAGCAUUCAAAAUGAUUUCACUUUUCACGAGUGAAAGUCUUUUUAUAUGUGGAAUGUUUUUUUAUAUUGCUUCAAAGUAGGACUAGUUUUUGGCAAUAUGAGAUUUUGAACUUGUGUAUGAAGGAAUUGUUUUUGGUGUUAAAGAUAUGUGAAGAAGAGCAGAUUCACUCGUUUCCAAAGCCAUCUUAAUACAAUCCAAAUGUGACUUUUUUCUCAAUUAUAUAUUAGUGUUAGUGUGAAGAGUGUAUUUUGGACUGCAGGUGAACUUGCAUCUCUUCCAGUUCUUCCAUCUCCAAGGGGACCCUCCCACUAAACAGUUCCCUGUUAACCCACUUAGGGUUUCCCUGUGGGGGCUUCUCUACAACCUUGCGUCCUACUCCAGAUUUUGCGCAAAAGGGGCAACGACUAGGAAGACACCCCCCUCCCAAAGUUGAGAGGGGGGUGGUAAAAUGGCAGCUCUCGCGAGCUCACUCAUUAGACAGAAACGGGCAGUCAAGGACGACCAAACCAAUCGACCGGUAGCCAACAAGCGAAAGCCCUGUCCAAAGAGCAACAAGUCCUUGUGCCAGAAACAAAUACUGGUUCUCAUCUCCAAAGUAAGACUGUGUGGGGGUCGCAAAGGUCGCAACGAGAAGAGACCAGAGCCACAGCUGAAAGGUAUUGUAUCCCGCCUGUAUAGCCAACAUGGAUACUACCUACAGAUGCAGCCUGAUGGCACCAUGGACAGUACAAGAGAUGAGAGCAGCUUAUUUUCACAGUUUAACCUAAUUCCUGUGGGACUGCGGAUUGUGGCAAUCCAAGGAGCAAAGACGGGGCUGUAUCUUGCCAUGAAUAGUGACGGAUACCUCUACACUUCUGAUCACUUCACUCCGGAGUGUAAGUUCAAGGAGAGUGUGUUUGAGAACUACUACGUCACAUACUCCUCCAUGCUCUAUCGGCAGACCCAAUCUGGUCGCUCUUGGUAUAUCGGCAUCAACCGUGAUGGUCAUGUCAUGAAGGGUAACCGGGUAAAGAAGAACAAAGGAGCUGCGCACUUCCUGCCUAAAGUUAUUGAGGUUGCAAUGUAUAAGGAGCCAUCGUUACAUGAGCUUACAAGUGAGCCUGUGAGUCCCCCGCGGAAGACUACCAAAACAUCAGAUUCACCAUCCUUAAAAAAUGGACGGAAAGAAGCACCCAAGGCUGAUGCCUCAUAGCACAGGAGACUGAGGGUGGGUCAGAGGCUAACAGUGACACUUGGAACACAGUCACCCAUCAUGCGCGGAGGUUGGCUGGGUGAAUGGCCCUCACGGUGCAUGAUGCUGAGGGAUGAAGGGUGAGCAGUCCAUCAGCAGACAGCAGUAUGCGAGAGGAGUCACCCCCCGACAGUCUAGUACUUAUCACCACAGAAUACAGAGCUGGACCCUGGCUGCAAUAACUUUCAUCUCCCAGUCCAAUGUUUGUCUCCUACUCAGCGCAUACUGAAUUUCCUGAUCCACCGUCAUUGUCACGCUGACAGCUUUGUUUUUUUUCCCAUUGUUGUGCAAUAUUUUUGCAAUUGCAAUAUUCUCCAUUCAUCAAGUUUACAGCACAGUCUCGACGAAAUAAUUUUCACCAAUGAGUCCUCUCAAAAGUUGGUGACUGUGUCGCCCUGCCGACUUUCCCCAGGCCAUCUGCCGAAAAGCUCGGCUAAUUAUCAAGGUCAACUAAAGCUCAACGAGAGAUGAAACAGCUCACGGAGUCAAGAUGUCAACUCAAAUCCGGGGUCAAAUCGGGUCAGUGCAAGAUGAGGAUCUGUGAGAAAGUGAUGACAGGGUACAUGCAAGUCGAUGCCUUCAGCUACCCAUUAGUCGCCAAUAUUUCGUAUUCAUUAUUUUAAAAAACUCUAGAUUGAUUCAAUGUGCCACACUAUGCAAGUCCACAACUUCCCAUUCUAAAUAAUAAAUAGAAUUUUCUACUAAUUGUCUAAAUAUUACUAAUGAGAUCUUGAACUGGAGUCAUAUCGAUGUUUUAAAAUUAUGGGUUUAUCAAUAGGGGCUAAGUACCAGUAUAUAUAUAUCUCCAUCUUGGGUUGGGCGAUAUGGCCUAAAAAUAAAAUCUCCAAUAGUUUCACCCAAAAUGUGAUCCAGGUUUUUUUCCUCCCACACACUUUUUUUAAGGAGACAAUAAUAACAAAGAUAAUAAAAAGCAAUUCUAAUAAACUUUAGAACAGGGGUCCCCAAACUACGGCCCGCGGCCCGCCUUCACAUUUGGUCCGGCCCCCUGAACAAUACCAGAGAUCAUUUUUAUGUAUUUAUUUUUUCUCAAUAAUGUUAUUUAUUUCCUGGCCUUUUUCUGUGAAGAACUCAGAGAGGGUUAUUUGAUUAUUAUCUAUUUAAUUAAUAGUGUUAUUAGUAUUUAUUAUCAUUAUACUAUAUUAUAUUAUUAUUUUCAUUUUAUUUAAUUUUGUUACGUGAAGAAUCCAUAAA